GAGGUGAAACGCUGAAGUAAGAAUUCAGUGUUGGAGGAAGAAAAAGAGGGAGGGAAGAAAAGAGGCCCACCGUUGGAGAAAUCGCAACAAGAGGGAAAAGUGGGAAAACAAGAGUAAGUUAGAAAAAGGAGGAAGGACGGAAGGAAGGAAGGAAGGAAGGAAGGAAGGGGGAGGUGAGCGAAAAGUUAGAGAGGGAGAGAGAGAGAGAGAGAGUAAAACGCAGUGAACGAGAGGAGACGCAGAUGAGAAAAACAGAUGCUGUGGAUGGCCUGGGUGGAGAGAGAACCAGUUGUUUUCUAAGUCGCCUUUCAGACUGGAAUGCACUCUGAGAAUUUGAGAUUCCCAACGCCUUACUGCCAACUUUGCUUGCGACGCAUGCCGGGCCCUGCCGACGGAUCAUGGCUGCGUAUGGAGUCCAGCGUAGCCCCGUUCCCGAAGGAGUUGGGGAUGGAGCAAGCGGAGAGGACUGGACCAUCCCCGGCAUGGCAGGUUUACGCCGAGGAGAUCCGGAAUCCGUGCUACAGGUGGGACUCUCCAUGCAUUCAGCGGGAGUGUGGAUGCAUCCAGCGGUGGUAUCACCCAGAGCUGUUGCAUCCCUUCAACGGUGACCAUGUUAUUAAGGUCAGACAUCACCGGUGUCACUCAUCCUACAUCCAGGAGUGGGAUAACAUUCAUCAGUCUGAAUACAACGGAUAUUGCGAGAGGAGACGGAGAGUGUCGUUCCGGCAUCACAAGGAACGAUCCGAGACUGGUGGACAAUCACACCGUAAUGGGCCGAACUCUGGACAGGUGGCUUUUUUCCCAACCGAGGUGCCCUCUAGCAAGUUGGGAUGCUCCAGGGCACUCGGGAACGGGCUGCAGGUGAACGGACCACAGCGGGAAUUAAGGACGUCUCGGGGGAAUGCAGGUCUCGAGAAACAUGGCAAGCAAAGGACGAGCCAGGGAGCAGUACGGGAACAGAUCAAACAAGUGGUCACGGAGCUCGAGGAAGUGCUGGGUGGUCUCAAACAGGUCCAGUUGGAGAUGAAAGAGGUUGUCCAAAAGAUCGACAUUCUAACGUCCAACAUUGACCUUGGUGAAGACGAACCAAGUCUAUCCAAUGGACUCUCCCAAGAUAACACCAAAAGCAGUCGAACUGGUGUUGUUGCAUUGAUUCACAAUUCAAACGGCGAGGAGGACAUGUCAACUUCCAAUUCCUCUCUUGAACACAGCCCUGUCACUUUGGAUUUAGUUCACAUUAACAGUCCAUCCCCAAUGAGAAACUGCAUAAGCCCGUCCCCUCCUGAGCAACGAUCCGUUACUGUUGUGGAUAAAGGCAAACGAGUUGUGAAACAGAGCUCAGAGACUCAAAGGACUCAAAGGAUGGCAAAUGGAAACUGCCUACUGCAUCAAACAGCAAGGAAAGGCCUAUUGGAGAACCACAGACCCACUGUAGCUCCAGAAGUGUGCACUAACUCAAAUAAAACCCACAGGCCUCCACCUUACCCUCAGAACGGACAGGUGAAGAUGAGAACCCCUCCCUAUUCUGGAAAACAUAAGAUGCUCUCCUCCACCAUAGUGUAAGAACACAAAACUCGCUAUCACAGAAACCCAAUCAUCAGCAAAGAAGAAAACACAUGCAAACACAUCACGCAUAUACUCACAGAUACAUUGAACACAUGCUUAACCGAUUACCAAGUAACUCGUCCAAAUGUAUCUUGGUGACAAAACUUGGGGGACUGAUGCCACACAACCCGGCUGACUCACACCGGAGGACGGAGGCUGUGGGGCAGUGACUAUAUUUCCCAUGGAAAACUCCAGAAACAUCUCAAACCCUUAGCUCUUUCUCUCUCACACCCCUGCUGUAAAAAAAAAUUAGUUUGGACCAACUUAAAGUCGCCAUGAAAUGGCAUUCCCAGCUCAAAUUUUCUUACUUCAUGUAGCUGGAGGGGCUGGGUCAAAAAGCAAGAGGGAUUUGUGAUGUCAGCUGAAAAGGAAAGUAGUUUUAGAGGCGGAGCAAGUUAUUAAAGAAAGAUUAAGAAAAAAGCAUUUUUUAAAUAAGAAUAAUGUGCAUCAAGGAAUUUUAAACAAACAGGACCGUGUUUUAAGAAAGUAAA